UUCUACUCAGCAAAAUUAACAGGCUCUGUGAAGAGCAAUCAUAACAAAAAUUCCACACACGAAACCCUAGUUCGUAAACAUUUAACAUCACAAUGUCUGGUGUGUGGGUGUUCAACAAGAAUGGAGUGAUGAGGCUGGAUGAGAAUCCUUACAACCAAUCCGGAGGAGAUUGGUCAGAAUCUUCCUCCUCCGGUAGGAGCCAGCAGCAGAGGAUGAGGAGGAAGAUUCUUGUCCAUCUUCCGACCAGCGAGGUUGUCUCUUCGUACAAAUCACUUGAGAGGAUCUUGAAGGGUCUUGGAUGGGAGAGGUACUACAAUGGAGACAACGCCGACCAUCUCCUCCAGUUCCACAAGAGAACAUCGAUUGAUCUCAUCUCUCUCCCUCGGGACUUCUCGAAGUUCAAUUCCAUUCAUAUGUAUGAUAUCGUCGUCAAGAACCCUAACGUCUUCCAUGUCCGAGACAUGUAGUAGCCAAAAUGAAAAUUAAAACUGGGUCAAUUUGAUUCUCCAGAUAUACUUGCAGGCGUUUGCUUUGCUUUAUCUACUGUUGUGGGUUUGUUCUUGGUUUGUGUUGUUCUGUGCUGGUCGAUGUAUGGUGGUCUCAAGCUAGAGCCAUUUUAAUAAAUUGUA